GUAAAUUGAGGCAAUAAAGCGACGGAUUGGGGGCCUAUCACUUUGCAUCUUCUUUUACUAAAGGCGACAACAAGCAUGGGCCUUCGACUGAAUCCGUGGGGAAACGUGUACUCAUCGCUCGAGCUGGAGCAGAUCACGUUCGUGCACCGCGUGUACCUGGAGGCGAUGAACAUCGAGGCGAAGGACUUGCCGAAUGUGCUUCAGAUGAACGCGACGUUCACGGAGCCAGUGUACUCGCCCAAGAAACCCGACUUUGACGAGCACACGUUCAUGCGUCAAAUGCAGGGCGUCGUGGGGUUGCUGCGUCAGCCCGCGGAAGAGAUCAUCAGUUGCAUCUGCGGGUACCAGAAGGAGCGUCUCGACCGGUUCCAGAUUGGCACGGCGUUCAUGAACGACCCGCGCACGCUCUUGCUCGAAGAAUUCAAAAUCUGGGCCAUGAAUCGGCUUGCGGCCGCGGCGUGCACGACGGAAGCGUUCGAGAAGGAAGUGGAGAAGCGCAAGAACUACAUCACCCAGCUCCAGUACGGCGGCGGCAACCUCUUCAAGCCCGGCAACGCUGAACGGACCCUCAUGACGACCCUCAAGGACGUUCGGGAGAUUCUGGAGCUGCGCAUUUUGCCGAUGAUCGCAUGCGAGCGGGCCCAAGCCAGCGCCAAGGAACACUUGACCAUCGUCGAGGCGCGCGGGACCGACGCGCUGAUCCACGGCAUCCAGUUCCUCUUCAACGUUUUCCGCAACACGCAGAACGCGCCCGCGGACUGCACAAUCACGAACCUCCAAUCCCAGCAACACACUGCCAUGAAGGAAUCCAUGGCGACGAAAUCGGGCCAAAUGCUGCUGCUGUUGCUCUCGACGCCAUCGCUGCGGACGUUGUUUCCAGAAAGCCACCAUCAUGUGACGGGAGGGGCGUCACAACUGCUAGCGCUCACGUCCGACACCCAAAAAGCCGCCUUGGCCGACGCGGUUUUUGCCGAUUCGUCCGCGGCGGCCAUCAUUCCAAGCGUGUUGCUGUCCAACCCGACAGUGUCUUGGACUCCCAAAGCAUUUCUCACUCAAAGCAACGGCGGCAUCGUCAACUUUCUAGCCCCCGACACUUAUGACUUGUUUGUGAAAAUGCAUGCGAUGCUCAAGCUGAUGGCGGAUCUGUUGGUGUCGUGCCGCCAAGCGCGCCUCUUGGCGGGCACGGGCGGCGAUUUGCUCGUGUACGGACCUGGUGGAUCGCAUUUGCGGCUGCUCAUGGAAACCUUCCAGGCGGUACGCUACAUUCAAGACGACAUGUGGAAUUAUGAUGGACGUACAUAUGUAGGUGGAAGGGGAAGUGAUGAACUUGGCGACGGAAUUGAAAAAGCGCGGGGUCGCCGAGCUGGACAAGCUCAAGUCGUCGUACAGUGAAAAGGCAUGGCGCACGUGCUUUUCCCGCGUGCUGGCGCUGGAGACGUACAUGAUCAACGACGUGGCGGCGACCCAGGACCCCAUCCGCCGUAUCAUCGACGCCACCAACCCCGUCAUGAACUUUCAAAUGGCCAAGGAUUUCAAAGCGUCCACGAACAAGUGGGUGGUGGAGAACUCGAACACGUGUGGCCACAUCGCGCAAACGCUCAAGUUGGAAGGGAUUGCCGCACCGCCGCCGAUGUUGCCUCCGUCCACCACCAGUGCGUAGGAAUGGAGAGGGAGGUGCUUGUUAUGUAGAGCGGGACAUGCACAUUGUACGGACCAAAGUGGAAUAGAGCAGGUACCAUCAACGUCGUGACACACAGCCCCCGUCGUAUAUAGUUGUAUGCUCGAGGGAGAGAGUGCAAGCAUGCAUGCAGCCCAGUCUCCCAGUCUCAUAUCCUGGACUUCCCAUAUGGU